GAGGAGCCAUGGGCAACAUCUCCUCCAACAUCUCGGCCUUCCAGUCCCUGCACAUCGUCAUGCUGGGCUUGGACUCGGCCGGCAAGACCACGGUGCUCUACCGGCUCAAGUUCAACGAGUUCGUGAACACGGUGCCCACCAUCGGCUUCAAUACGGAGAAGAUCAAGCUGAGCAACGGCACGGCCAAGGGCAUCAGCUGCCACUUCUGGGACGUAGGAGGCCAGGAGAAGCUGAGGCCGCUGUGGAAGUCCUACAGCCGCUGCACGGACGGCAUCAUCUACGUGGUGGACUCGGUGGACGUGGACCGGCUGGAGGAGGCCAAGACGGAGCUGCACAAGGUGACCAAGUUCGCCGAGAACCAGGGCACGCCGCUGCUGGUCAUCGCCAACAAGCAGGACCUGCCCAAAUCGCUGCCGGUGGCCGAGAUCGAGAAGCAGCUGGCGCUGCACGAGCUCAUCCCGGCCACCACCUACCACGUCCAGCCGGCGUGCGCCAUCAUCGGCGAGGGCCUCACCGAGGGCAUGGACAAGCUCUAUGAAAUGAUCCUGAAACGCAGGAAGUCCCUCAAGCAGAAGAAGAAGCGGUAAUACGCCUGGCAGGGUUCGGGAGCUAGGGGGAGCAAGCCAGGGAGCGAACGAGUCAGGAGUGAAUGAAUGGAUAGAUGGGUGAGCGAGAACCCGCGCCCGCGAACAAAGACAGCGAACCAAAGCGAUGCUUCGAAUUUUUUAAACUCUGUCUCUGUACCCAAAUGCAGAACUGGUGACUUAACCUGGCCUGGAGCUGAUUUAUCAGCCAACUCGCCAUCUGCCCUACCCCCACGCCAGCUCUGGGGACCUUUUGUCUGAGCACCGGAGAUACCUAGUGGGUGGGGGACCGGUGGGGUGUGGACCUUCGGUUCAGGCUUGUGCGCCCUCCGGCCCCAGGAGAAGAAUCAGAUGUCAGAGACAAGGCGAUUUCUUGAUUUCUUCUUACUCCACUGGGCCGGGAGUUCAGGCUGCCCCGCCCCCAUUGGGGGAUCACCUGUGAGUUACCUGAGGUAUGCAGUUCCCAGAACCCUGGGGGGCACCCAUCUGGAGGCAGGGUGGCAUUGGGGGUGGCGGUGCUGGGGAGAUGAAAUGCCCCUUGCAUUCAGGGGCUUGGAAGCUGAAUAAUUUUAUGUCACAGGGCAGGCCCCUGUUGAAAUUUCAUAGGUCCUGCUCUGGGCCCAGAGGAGGUGGUGGUUUGGGCCAUCAGGACUGCCUGGGACAAUGCGGCAGCUGGAGGGCACGGGGCGCUGUGCUGCUGGCCUUGGCUGGGAAUGGCCGAGAAGAUGCCCCCUUCAUGGGGCUUUGUGGUGGCUACAGGAUUCCAGUUUUGUUGAGAACUGCUUUUCAGCCUGGAAUGAGACCUCUUCCAGAUGGCUUGGACCCUGUCCAUGUGUAGGUCAUUAUCACACAAAGAGACCAAUAAAAAUUUUWAAAAAAUAAGAAACUGUUGGAGGUGGUGGCAAAUGAUGCAUUUACUGUUUGCAGGUUAGUUAAAGGUGUUCAAAGGGCAAUGCUCUUGGCAUAAAUCUGGAUGGUGUGCGUGUGAGAGAGAGUAUACAGGGACCUCCCUCUGUAUUGUGUAAUCAGCAUAAAUAUCUAGAUCCAUUCUGUGUGGAAUUUUAAAUUCUCUGAAUCUACCGAUUGGUUUGGAUGAGCAUACCAGCUACAGAUGUGUGCUGAGUUGCAAGAUGGUUUUUCUGCAAGGGAUGUCUCUUGUAAUACUAACCGUGUGGUAAUGGGUUUUCAGACAUGUUUUUAAAAAUAACUUACAAAUGAAUACUCACCUUAGAAAUAUUCACCUUAGGAAAAAAGACUUUGCUCUGCCCUUUUAUAUCCCUUGACGCUGCAAGUGGCGACAUGUUCAGAUUUCUAAUUUGGUUCAUUGUGGCCUAUCUGGUUUAAGUAUUUCAUUCAGAACAUCUCAUUAGAGUAUUUGAUGUCAUGCACCAAAAAUAAAACCCCACCUUUUUGCAAAAAACGACCUCGUUGCAUGGAUUUAAAAGCGGAGGAAAAGCUAAGGAUGUAGUCCUUCUCCAUUCAUUCUCUAACUGGCCUUGUAGCCAGCAGGCACUUUGGGCAAAUGCAAA